AAUUUUCAAAAAGUAGUAGUAUUACUAUUAUGGAAAGAAAGUGAUUAGUAAAAGUUUUGAUAAUUUUAAGGAUUAAUUUAGGUGGUUCCCACAUCCCAACCAACAAAACAACAUUCUUGUUCUUUGUUUCUAGUCUUAGUAGAGUUGAAAAUAGAAACACAAUGAAUUUGUUGUAUCUUUUAUUUGAAGAACAAAGAAACACACACACUGCGUUCUUCUCGUGAGCUUUUGUUUCCUCUUUGAAAGGAGGAAAUUGUUCCUAUUAAAGGAAAAUGGAGCUUGCAUUAAUCAAGUUUAACCCGGAUGAUUCUCAUACUCAUGAAAAUUUGAAAAGUCCUUAUACUGAUCGUAAAAGGAAAAGGUUAUGGAAAAGAGUGGAGUUCAGGAAUGAUAGUUUGAAGCAGAAUCGUAUCCCUAGUGUUUCAAGGAAAAGAAGACGGGAGGUCAGGAAUGAUAGUAUGAAGCAGAAUUGUAUCCUUAGUGUUUCAAGGAAAAGAAGACGGGAGGUCAGGAAUGAUAGUUUGAAGCAGAAUCGUAUCCCUAGUGUUUCAAGGAAAAGAAGACGGGAGGUCAGGAAUGAUAGUUUGAAGCAGAAUUGUAUCCCUAGUGUUUCAAGGAAAAGGUUACGGAGAAGACGGGAGGUCAGGAAUGAUAGUUUGAAGCAGAAUUGUAUCCCUAGUGUUUCAAGGAAAAGGUUACGGAGAAGACGGGAGGUCAGGAAUGAUAGUUUGAAGCAGAAUUGUCUCCCUAGUGUUUCAAGGAAAACUGCGAAGAAUUAUGGAAAUAUGGCUGUUUUUAUAGAUGAACAUGAUCAUAUGAUAGAUGAUGAUGUAGCUAAAGAUUGGGCAAUUUUUUUGGCUACAUAUAGUGGUGAUGAUGACGAUGAUGAAGUGGAUGAAAAUUACGAAUCCUUUUUUCCUACAUAUAAUCGUAAUAUUGAAAUUGACAGUGAUGAAACGGAUGAAGAUUACAAAUCCUUUUUGUCAUAUAAUCCUGAUAUUGAAAAUGACAGUGAUGAAGCGGAUGAAGAUUACAAAGCCAUUUUGUCUAAAUAUAAUCCUGAUAUUGAAAAUGACAAUGAUGAAGUAGAUGCAGAUUACAGAUCCUUUUUGCCCACAUAUGACCCUGAUGUUCAAAUUGACAGUGUUAGUGAUCAUAAUGGUGGUUCAAACAUUGACGUCGACUUUGGCAAAAACAAUGAAGAUUGUGGACUACUUAAAUCUGUGAUGAUUAUUAACGGCGAUGAAGAGUAUAAGUAUGAUAUGAAUGCCGCAAUCACAUCCCAGUUGGAGGAUGGGAGUAAUUCCUCUGAUUCAGAUCUAAUUGUUUUGGACUCUAAUCAAAUUUGUCAAGAUACCCCUUUCGUUCCUUCAAAAUUAUAUGAUUCAUCUUGGUAUGGAGAAGAAAUGAACCCCAAAGACAACAUGCAAACACCUGCUUAUGAUGAUUCUCAUUUUAGGAGAAGACUUAUGCAACAUCUUGAGAGGCCUUAUGACCGCAAAGAGUACAAGGAUCUUAUAAACAGAUUAAUCAACACAACUCAAAAGGAACGCCAUUUCGAAACACGUCAGAGGGUGGUUGAAUCUUAUCGCUCGAAUGGUGUCACUACACCGUUUCAUAAAACGUACCCUGAUAUAUCCGAAGCUAUUGCUAAGGUGUCCACGGAAAAGCCUAGAGUUUUGUUUCUCUUGCGCGGAUUUUUUUUCUGGUUGGAAAACGUGGCUCACGAUGGAGCAUUUCAGCCUUGGCAUGAUGAAUUGUGCAUGGAGUUAAUGCGAAAAAUGUAAAAUUGGAAUCUCUUAUAUAUAGGAUUAGGAAGCAAUGGUAUUGAAUCUGCAUAGGCAACAAUGUUUAUGUAUACAGUUAAACUUAUCAGUAAAUUAUGAUACAUUAUGCACUUUGCAGUAUCUGAAAGUUAAAGUUACUUCCUUAUUAGCUAUUGGAGGAAGAAAACCA